AACUUACCGCGUACCAUAACUUACGUGACCAGUCCGUACGUAUUCAAACUAAUUUGGGUAAAAAUAAAGAACGUUUGGCUAGAAAAACACACUUUUUUCAGGAAAAUAAGGCGUUGAUGAAAGCAAGGUUGCAACAACUCAGUUGAAACUUAAUUUGUCUUACAUUUGCAGGGAAAAGGGUCUGAACAUGAAAUGCCUCUGUGAAAAGUGUCAAUCCUAUCAGAGAAGACUAAAGAAGUUGGAUGUCUUGGCCGACAUGCAUACCUGUGUGGACUGUGGAUCAAUUCACCUCAAGGGCAAAUAGAUAGAUUUUCAGACAAUGAUUUUAAAAUGUUCUUCAUGUUCUAGAGUUGUAAUUAUACAAAAAGAAUGACUAUCUACUGCAGAUUUUGGUUUUUAAGUGACUUCCCGUAGGAACAGACUCUUGUGUGUAGAAUCCCUUCUAUGCUAUUUGAGUGGUUCAUCAUUUGACCCUUCAACAUCGCACAAUGCAAUGAGUGCUCCAUAUCUUCUGAGACUGGGAAUACCCAGGAGAUUUCUUCUUCAUCUACCAUUUCGUAAUGGGUGCGUUAAUGGAGUUUCCGAGCCUUUUAGAAAAAUUGGUGAGAAACCUAGUUUGAUUAGAAUGAAUCUAAUGUCUUCUCCAUACCUGACUACAAGGAAAAUGAAUUCAUUGUCUUCACCACGUCUGGCUGCAAGGAGUUCUUUGUGUCAUGUGUCUUCAAGGAAUCAAUGUUUUCGUCAAAGCGCCCCCGGCUUGUUUAUAAGAAUUCCUCGAGAAAUUCAAUGUUCACCACCAAAGGGAUCCUUGCACCAAUCACCCAUAUCCCAUCGCAAGCGAAAGAGUAGGACUUCAAUGGAAAAUACCAGGAAUGAAAUGUUAGCUGAUGACCUUGAUGGUGAUGGACUGGAGUAUGGAGACGAAGUCAUGGAAUAUGCAAAUGAGCUUUUGAGGAGAGAACACGAUGCUUUGAAAGGUCAUCAUGUUCUAGUUAUUCAACCUGUACUUAAAACUGGGAGAAGAGACAAGAAAGACAGUGAGCUGAAAUUAACAGAAGCACAGUCUCUUGUUACAACACUUCAAGACUGGUCACUGGUUGACAGCAGACUGAUUCCUGCCAAAUCUCUGAGCAAAAAGUACAUGUUUGGCCAAGGCACUUUUGAUGAACUCACUGCCCAGAUUCGGUCUCGACCAGAUAUAACCAGUGUGUUCUUGAACGUUGAUAGAUUGAGCGGGUUGCAGAAGAAGACUAUGGAAGAGCAAUGGGGAAUGCCGGUUUAUGAUAGGUACAGUGUUGUUCUUCAGAUCUUCAAGGAGCAUGCAUCAUCUAAGGAAGCAAAGCUACAGAUAGCUUUGGCUGAGUUACAUUUUAGAAGGUUGCAUUUACAGCAAGAAACCCUUGACCUGGAUCAGCAGAGUGGAGCCCACCAGUACAUAGGCGGUGGAGGAGAAACCUUGCUGGAGAAGAAACAACGUUUGCUGCGAGACAAAGAGGGCGCUCUCAGAAAAGCUCUUGAGAAGCUGAAGGGAAAGAGAGACUUGUUGAGGAAAGGCAGAGAGAGAAAACACUUUCCACAUGUCGGUGUUGUUGGAUACACAAAUGCUGGAAAGACCUCCCUUAUAAAAGCACUUACUGGAGAUGCAAGACUUGAACCUAGGGACCAACUCUUUGCAACGCUGGACGUAACGUCCCAUGCGGGUUACCUGUCUAAUAGAAUGCCUGUUAUCUAUGUUGAUACGGUUGGAUUCAUCUCAGAUUUACCUCAUCAGUUGAUUGCAUCUUUUGCAGCUACACUAGAAGAUGUCCUUCAUGCCGAUCUUCUAGUGCAUGUUAGAGAUGUAAGUCAUCCUGAAGCAGAGAGUCAGCGGAUUCAGGUUCUCAGUGUUCUUCAUGACCUUGGGGUCAAUCAGCGUCUCAUAGACAACAUGAUUGAGGUUAAUAAUAAGAUUGAUCUCAUGGAAAACAGGUCUGAACUUGCAUCAAAAGAUGAAUGUUACCCAGUUUCUGCCAUCCAGGGAACCGGAUUAAAGCAGUUGAGAGAGGCUAUAGAGUUGAAACUAAUAGAGGUCACCAAGAGAGUCACUUGUGAUGUCAGAAUUCCACAGGCUGGUACACAUCUCAGCUGGUUGUACAAGGAGGCAACCGUCCAAGACAUUGCAACUAUAGAGGGCGACACAGAGCAUCUACUUGUGUCAGCUGUGUUCAGUGCUACUGCGUACUCAAAAUUCACGGCAAAGUAUGGCAACCUUAUUCAAAGACAAGUCAACUCUUAAGUGUAAUCAGAUACCCAAACCUGCAUUUAGAUUACCCACGAUCUCAAAAAGUCAUUAUAAAAAAAAGAAAACAGCAAUGAAUGCGGACAUAUGGAAGCUCUUUGACAUGUACGUAGAGUAAAACUGUAUGAAUGAAUAAAACACUAGAGGCAUAUAACCGAAAAGAAAAUGAUGGAUGCUUUAACUAGCUGUUAUAUUGGCUGUCAAAGUAUUU